AUGCAAGAUUCCCUGAACACAAUUUACGAAUGCAAGAAGCCUAUCAUUGCUUUAAUUGAUGGGAUUUGCUACGGCGCCGGCGUCGAUCUCAUCUGUUGUGCGGAUAUGAGAUUAUCCACUAAAGGUGCCAAAUUCUCGGUCAAGGAAGUAGAUCUUGGCCUCGCGGCAGACCUUGGCACUUUACAGAGACUUCCAAAAUGUGUAUCAAGCUCCGGAAUUGCUCUGGAAUUGUGUCUUACCGGAAGGACAUGGGGUGCAAGUGAGGCCAAAGCUUUUGGAUUCAUUCAGGGGGAUCUAUUUGAUAGCUACGCGCAAUUAAAAGGUUCCAUAUCAUCGGCAUUAAGUGUCUUAGAGGCCGGGGAAAAUUUGGCCGGUAUUUUGGCAUCCAAAAGCCAAACUGCAGUUGAAAAUACAAAAAGGUCCAUUCUUGACUCGUAUGAGCAUCCCUCAAUCAAACAGGGCUUGCAGAAAAUUGCACUGGUCAAUUCGUCUGCUCUUCAAUCGGAAGAGCUUCCUAGAAAUGUUUCCAACUUUCUUUCAAAAUCAAAGUUAUAG